GCCCUGAGCCGCCGGGGAGAGCGGCAGAGCGGGAGGCAGGCGCAGGGCACGCUCCCCUGGAGGGCCCUUGCGGCGCGGGGCACAGUCCCUAAGCCGCCUGGGUCGCCUGCGACGCGGGAGCGCAGCGCGGGCUCCCACUCGCCAUGAGCCACCUCUUCAGUCCCCGGCUGCCUGCUCUGGCCGCCUCGCCCAUGCUCUAUCUGUACGGCCCCGAGAGACCCGGGCUGCCUCUGGCCUUCGCCCCCGCGGCCGCUCUGGCGGCCUCGGGCCGGGUGGAGCCCCCCCAGAAGCCGCCCUACAGCUACAUCGCGCUCAUAGCCAUGGCGAUCCAGGAUGCGCCUGAGCAGAGGGUCACACUCAACGGCAUCUACCAGUUCAUCAUGGACCGCUUCCCUUUCUACCAGGAUAACCGACAGGGCUGGCAGAACAGCAUCCGCCACAACCUCUCGCUCAACGACUGCUUUGUCAAGGUGCCCCGCGAGAAAGGACGGCCCGGCAAGGGCAGCUACUGGACGCUGGACCCUCGCUGCCUGGAUAUGUUCGAGAAUGGCAACUACCGGCGCCGGAAGAGGAAGCCCAAGCCGGGCCCCGGAGCCCCGGAGGCCAAGCGGGCCCGCGCCGAGCUGCAGGAGCGCGGCGCAGAAGCGCAGCCGGAGGUGGGGAGCGGGGGAGCGCGCCCCCGCCCCGCGACCCCCAUCCACGAGGGAGCGCCUGCGCGCCCCUCGCCCCUCCGGGAAGGCUCCUCUCCUCCAGCGUCCCUCCACUGGCCCCGGCCCGCGUCCCCCUCUGGGGACGCAGGCGACGCGCUCCAGGGCGCAGCGGCCGUGGCCGCCAGCCAGCCCGCGCGCACGGUGGAUGGCUCGCGGUCCCCUCCGCGCCCCGCCUCCCGCAGUUCUCCGAAGAGCUCGGACAAGUCCAAGAGCUUCAGCAUAGACAGCAUCCUGGCAGGACGGCAGGGGCAAAAGCCGGCUGGAGGGGGCGAGCUCCUGGGGGGCGCCAAGCAGGGGCCCGGCGGCUGUCUGGGCGCCUCGCUUCUGGCCACCUCCUCCGGCCUCCGUCCACCUUUCAACGCUUCCCUGAUGCUCGACCCGCACGUCCAGGGCGGCUUUUACCAGCUCGGGAUCCCUUUCCUCUCCUAUUUCCCUCUGCAGCUCCCCGACACGGUGCUUCAUUUCCAGUAAAGCAAACAGUGCCUCAUUUUUCCCCUGCCCUGGUCUGAGCUUCUUGUGAGCAACCAGGACUCCCACCGCUGGAGAAAGAAGUUGCAUGUGUUUUUUAAAAAAUGGUUUCCUCUGCCGACUCCUGGGAAGUAUUAGCAACCUCUGCGCAGGGAUGGGCACACUCCCCUGCCUCCUGCAAGGCGGACCUUCCCAGAACCCAGAGCAGCUUCGGAGAUUUAAAAGACGCUGCCCACGCUGGGACUUGGGCAUCUCAGACCUCCUACUGCGGGAGCAGGAAAAUUCCUUGACCUUAGGUCAGUCCCACUGGCUACCCAGACAGGCCCUGCGUGUCUGGGGAACGGGAGGGCCCAGACAACCCGAGGGCAGAUACAUGGCCGCAGUGUGGUCCUUUCUAUCUGAGAGCCACGGUCUGACCAUCACCAGCUCGCUUGUCACUGUGGCCCGGGCCUUGGCUUUGAGCUCGUCGGAGUGAUGCGUGUUCACAGCUAGGUUUGUCCCUGAAGUCCAGGGAGAAUUUUUCUCUUUUCCUUUCUAAAUAGUAAAAGGAACAUGCUAUAUUCUUUGGCUAAAAUGCUUGAUUCUUUUUACUGUAAGGACUGCCCUCUGAAAACAUCUGUAUUAACAACUUCUAUUAAGAAAGUGCACUCUAUAUAAUUUAGCAUUUUGUUGCAUUAUGAUAGCUUGUUAAUCAAUACACAUGUUCUCCAACGCAUGUUACCAGCAAUAGCCAUCCUCCUAUCUUUUGCUUUUUUGUUUAAGGGGUCGAAAGAUUUCUGGAGACACCGGAAGUGUGUGAGGGGGAGGGAAGAUGUCUAAGACAGUGGAAGAUUUUCCAUUUCCAUGUUUUUUUCAAGAUCUAGGCUUGACUGUUGCUACAUUUUCCAGAAUUGUGUAGUGAAGGACUACUUUUCAUCAAAAGAGCUGGGUGAAACAAACACAUGGAAAGCAAGUAGAGGGAGAGAUGGGUUAGUGCCAGGAGGAGUAAGGGAGCCCACUGGUGUCUGUGGAGGCGGCUCUCUGGACCCCAAGGAACAGGAGGCCUGGUGGGAGGCUUCCCAGCUGACUGCAACUGGCCCCCCCCUCCAAGCCCCAACCAGGCAGGCCC